AUGAGGAAAGGAUGCUCAAAUGAUCCGAUCUUUGACACAAAGACUGUUACUGUCGGACAAAAUGUGACUCUGUCGUGUUUUCGCGACAGACUUUCACUGUCAACACAACUAUUUUGGAUCAGACUUGUUUCUCAAACCUUUCCUGAAGUUUUAGGAGCAACUGUAUCCAAUGAUUAUGAGGGUGUUGAGAAGACUAAUCACAUUACAACAAAGCAGGAGCCUGGAGCUUUUGUUCUGCAUAUCACAGAAACACAGCUAAGUGACACUGCAGUGUACUACUGUCUAAAAGUGAAACGACGCACCAUGACAUUUCUGAACGGAAUAUUUCUCAGAAUCAAAGGACCAGAAGCAGAUGACACUGCUGUCACUCAGUACAUUCAGUCAGAUCCAGUCCAUCCAGGAGACCCAGUGUCUCUACAGUGUUCAGUCCUCUCUGACUCUGAGAAAAACACAUGUACAGAAGAUCACAGAGUGUACUGGUUCAGAGCUGGAUCAGAUCGAUCUGAUCAUGGUUUAAUUUAUGCUCAACGAAACAGUACUGAAGAAUGUGAGCAGAGUACUGAUGCUCCUUCUGUGAAGAGAUGUGUCUACAGCUUCUCUAAAGACAUGAGCUCCUCUGAUGCUGGGACUUACUACUGUGCUGUGGCCACGUGUGGAGAGAUACUAUUUGGAAAUGGAACUAAACUGGACAACAAAGUUGGGAUUUGA